UGCAGAACUAUUGCUGCUGGUCUUGAAGAGGUUGGUCCUCCAGGUGAGGGGCAGUAACGGGAGUCAGUGCGUGGCGGAAGGGAGACUCUUGCCUGUGACGUCGGCUCCUUGCCGAGCGCUGAUUGGCGGAGCCGUCGAGGCCGGGAAGAUGGCGCUGAGUGGCGGCGAGGACGGCGAGGACGGCGGAGGGUCCGGGCCGCUUUUCCCGGAUCUGAGUGCCGAGGAUUCGGAGGAUUCCGGUCCGACUCUGAUCGAGAGCUUGUGCAUGAACUGCUUCCAGAAUGGGAUGACCAGGUUGCUGUUGACAAAGAUUCCAUUCUUCAGAGAGAUUAUUGUUAGUUCAUUUGCCUGUGAGAACUGUGGUUGGGUGAACAAUGAGAUCCAGUCAGCUGGGAAGAUCCAGGAACAGGGAGUGCGAUAUACGCUGCAUGCUUCUACCAGACAGGACCUAAAUCGCGAGGUUGUGAAAGCUGACAGUGCAACGACCAAAAUCCCUGAACUUGAUUUUGAGAUUCCACCAUUUACACAGAAAGGAGCUCUUUCUACUGUUGAGGGUUUGAUUGACAGAGCGGUCGGGGGGUUAGAGCAAGACCAGCCUAUGAGGAAGGCAACCAAUCCGGAUGUGGCCUCCAAGGUUGAAGAAUUCAUCGAGAAGCUAAAAAAGCUGAAGGAACUUGAGACUCCAUUCACACUGGUUAUUGAUGAUCCAUCUGGGAACAGCUUUAUUGAAAAUCCGAAUGCCCCUCAGAAAGAUGAGGCCUUAACAGUUACUCAUUACAAGCGAGAUGCUAAACAGGACAGUAUGUUGGGAUUGCAGGAAUGUACAGAAGAGGAGAAGCCUGAAAAUAUCAAAGAAGAUUUAAGGAAUGAAGUGCUGCAAUUUCCUACCAACUGCCCAGAAUGCAAUGCACCUGCUGAAACUAAUAUGAAGCUAGUACAGAUCCCACACUUCAAGGAAGUGAUCAUCAUGGCAACAAACUGUGAAGCAUGUGGACACAGGACCAAUGAGGUGAAGUCAGGAGGAGCUACUGAGCCUUUGGGUACAAAAAUUACUCUACGGAUUACAGAUCCCUCUGACAUGACCAGAGACCUGCUCAAGUCUGAAACCUGCUCUGUUUCUAUUCCAGAGCUGGAAUUUGAGCUAGGAAUGGGAAUCCUUGGUGGAAAGUUCACCACUUUGGAAGGACUGCUGGCAGAUGUAAAAGAACUGAUUGUGACAAAGAACCCAUUUUAUGCAGGAGACAGCAAUGUUCCUGAAAAAUCUGUAAAACUUAAAGAAUUUGCAUACAAGUUAGAUGAGAUUAUGUUGGGUAAAAAAGAAGCCCACCUUAUUCUUGAUGACCCAGCUGGGAACAGUUAUCUCCAGAAUUUGUAUGCCCCUGAUCCUGAUCCAGAAAUGAAGAUAGAGAAAUAUGAGCGCACGUUUCAACAUAAUGAGGAACUUGGUUUGAAUGACAUGAAAACUGAAAAUUAUUAGCUGCAGAAAGUGGACAAAUAGUGCAGGAACAAUCUGUUGAGAGCAGGUUGAAGAGGAAGAGCUAAUGUGAUUGUGAUAGUUUGUGUUGUCAAAAGAAACACUUUACAUAAAGGACAAGGCAUGGGAGUAUUUAUAGAGGAAUAUGACAUGGCCCUGAACAUGUUCAAACAAGAUCAAAUCAAAAGUUCCUGAACAUUGGCAUGAUGUUUGAUGGAAGAAUUUUUGGGGAAUGUCCAGUAUUUAUUUCUGCUCUAUCCCUCAAGCUCAGGGAGAUGGUCUGUGUAUACUUCAGCGGUUUCCUGAUCAGGAUGAAAUUUGCAGGCAAGAUCCUACUUGCUAGCAUCCGAUAGACAACCAUCUUAUAUAAUGCCGCUGAUAUUCUUUGGGCACUUUGAAUUCCUAGUACUGUUUCCCAGUCCUAAUUUUGGAUAGCCUUAUCCAGGCUUUAUAUUUUACAAGUCCCUAAAUGGGCAGGGUUUCCUGGAUAUCCCAGAGACAUGGCUGUAAUUGGUGGUAUCCACAUUAUUUGUUUAUUGCCUUUGUAGACAUAAGUGAAUAAAAUGACUUGGCCUAUUGAGAUGUCUGCAAAAUCUCAAGUACACAUCUAUGUCUGGAUAGGAGACAUUUCAUUAAUACAAAGGGAGGAAAUGCAAAUGCUGUAUAGUCUGAAAUCAAAAUUAUAAAAUGCUGCAUAUACUUUGAACCAUGUAGCAUCUUUACAAUUUGAUAUCAGCUUAACAGUUCUAUCCCUUUUUACUGAUGAAUGUUCCCUGUUUUUCUAGUUUUGUAACUUUACAUUGCCUUUAAUUUGACAACAAGUUAUAAUAUUCAGCCAUAAGGUAUCUAAUAUCAUGAGUAUCCCUUGCAAUUUUUCCCCUGACCAACUGGUAAAACCGAAUCUGAAUAAAAUACUUUAAUGACCAAAAUUACCAAUGGAAGAUGCUCAAAAGAAACUGGUAUGAAUCUCCAGCCUUUAUGAAAGGGUGACUUCUGUCUACUCAAUGAGCUGUAAGGAAUGUGUGAAAAUUAAUGGCUGAGAUUUGUUAUGUACAAACUCCUGUUGGUAACUUAUGAGAGAAAGGGAUGGUUGGCAUUUGAAAGGCUUUUGUCCGUUGGAAUCCUGUUGUGAAGACUGAAGCGCUGCAAUUUGUUUAAUGCUGGCAUUUGCGACUUUCUCUACAAUUGGUCUGUGUGUUCAUCAUUGGGAUAAUAUGUAUAUUCUGGAUGGUUAUUUCAGAAGAAGAAAAAAUAAAUUCAAUUUUAAGAAUUCACAAGAGUCUGGAAAAGUUGAUCUCUAUUUAUCCUGAAUUGAAUAUCCUUUGCAGUUGUUUUCAUCUCACAAUUGGACCUGAUGGUCUGUACUGGUCCUUCCAAACCAGUUUCAUUCUAGAAUAAUCUCUUAAUACCUCCCAUCCCUCAUAACCAUCUAAUCUCCAGUAGGAGGCAAAAGAUUGGAACAGGUAGAAAAGUUUCUCAUUUGAUGAAGGUUCUAGUGGUGACUUACAGGGCCACAUUUCCCAACAACCAUCUACCUUUUCCUGUGGCAAA